AUGGUUAUUAGAAAUGGUGUACAACCAUCUCAUAUCUUCUUUGCAGGUGACAUUUUCUUGUUCUGCAAUGGAGAGAGAAUGAAUGUAAGUAAACUUUUGGGAACUCUUGCAGAUUAUCAAACUUCAUCAGGGCAGAUGGUCAGCUUAUCUAAAAGCAAGUGUUUUGUUGGAGGCACGAGUAAUGCAAGAAAACAACAGAUAGCAGGAGAAUGCAAUAUGUGCUUAGCAAAUUUUCCAGAUAAAUACCUGGGAGUUAUUUUAACUACGGGCAGCAUGUCAGCAUGUAUGGGGAUGUGUGGAAAUGUUAUAAGACAACUUAGUUGGCUGGAAGGGGAAGUUAUUGUCGUUCCAGAAAAGGAGAGUGAAAAGAUCAUCAGAAAUUUCUUCUGGUCAGGGGACCCUUCUGUAAGAAAACCAAUAACUCUUAAGUGGGAAAAAGCUUGCCCUCCCUUAGAUGAAGGUGGUUUGGGUAUAAGGCAACUUGAAGAUAUCAAUAAAUCCAUGUUAAUGAAGUUAUGCUGGAAAAUGCAAAAUGGUAAUGAUAAAUGGUCAAGAUUCUUUCAACCAAAGUUUCAAGACAAAACUGGAAAUUGGAUUGAAUAUUAUAAAAAAUCCUCAAUUUGGCCUGGUAUUAAGUGGGUUGCUCCCGAGGUAUUUGAACAUUUCAGAUGGUUAGUUGGAGAUGGAAAGAACAUAUCUGUUUGGUCUGACAUUUGGAUAAAAGAUACUCCUUUGAAGAUACUGCACCCAGAGAAUACUACAAUGCAACAAAACCCAGAUAUGAAAUGGCUUCUGCUUAUGAAUGCAUUAGAAAAAAAAUUCCAAAAACUUCAAUGGACAAAAUUUGUAUGGCAUAAGCCUAUCCAUCCUAAUAUUGCUAGUAAUGUUUGGAAGUUGGUGAGAGGGAUAGUUCCUGCAGAUGACAAGAUGAAGAAAAGGAAGUUCCAACUAGCUUCUAGAUGCCCUUUUUGCAAGAACUCAGAGGAAAAUUUGGAGCAUAUUUUAUGGUUUUGUGAUUUCAGUGAAAUCAUUUGGAGUUGGCUUGGUGGGAUUUCCAGUUUCACUAAUCCAAAAUCAUUUGAAGACAUUCUUACUUUUGCAAAUCACAAAAGCCCAUCAGCGAAAGAAAUUUGGAAAGUUGCAGCUCUUGUAACUUUGAAAGAAAUUUGGUUCAUGGGAAACAAAAUGGUUUAUGAAGAAGAACCAUACAACUGUGAUGCUUUAAAGAAGAGAAUUAUAAGUUUUACUAAAGACAGUGAUGUUAGAAUGUCAGGUGUAAUGUGGAACUCUGCAUAUGAUCUUCAAAUCCUAAAUUUUUUAGAGCUGGAGUGUAGAAGAGUAAAAACAGUCAAGGUAACUGAAAUUUUCUUCUAUCUGCCCGAUCCUUCUUAUUUCCUCAUUUGUUGUGAUGGUGCUUCAAGAGGCAAUCCAGGUGCAGCUGGCUAUGGUUUCAUUUGUAGGAAAUGA